AUGGCCUCGGCCUCGGCCUCCGAGACCCUCGAGCUGAACGGGCAAACCGGCCGCGGCGGCGGCGAGGGCGCGCCUCCCAACGCGCCUAGAUAUCAACGCAUUAAUAUGAACCACUACGCCAAUAAGAAGAGUGCUGCAGAGAGCAUGUUGGACAUUGCUCUUCUGAUGGCCAAUGCAUCCCAGUUGAAAGCAGUAAUGGAUCAAGGACCUUCUUUCUCAUUCUACGUCCCACUUAUUGUUCUCAUCAGCAUAUCCCUCAUACUUCAAAUUGGCGUGGGCAUGCUCCUGAUAUUCCUUGUAAAAUAUGACCUUAAUGACCCUGCAAAACAUGCCAGGCUGGAUUUCCUCAAUAACCUUGCAACUGGACUGGUGUUCAUUAUAGUAGUUGUGAAUAUUUUGAUCACUGCCUUUGGAGUGCAGAAACCAGUGGCUGAGACAGCUUCAAGACAGUAGGUAACAAGAAGAGAUCUGAACCAUUGACCCCUCCUCUAAGUACUUCUGCACUUGAGCCAGUUAA